GUCAUUCAUUCCUUAAUACGCAUGGAAUAUACAGCCUAGCUCUAGUGUACGAGUAUCACUUAUUUUUAUUCCAAUUAAAAAUGUCUACCAAAAAAACAAUUAAGUGGAUAUGAAAAACGAAAAAAAAAAUACAACAGGGAGAACAUAUUUCAAAGUUCCCUAAAAUAAGUGGUUUUUUUACAAAAACAAGUGGAUUGCCAACCAACGUUUUACCUGAACAUAUGGACAAAUUUGUUCACUCUGACAAAAAUUCGACCACAGAAUUAAUAUCAAAUGACACACACACAGAAAACAAGACAGGAGUGUUGCUCAGUUUUAAUACUGAAACUUGUAAGUCAACUGAUGAAGAUGAAAUUAUUGAAAGUACUACUCUCCCGGUUUUUACUGAACAUUUGAACAAUUGUUUCGCCUCUGAUGGAAAAUCGACUAAAGAAUCUGAUACCACCGAAUUUACUGAAAACGACGAUGACUGUGAACUCGAUUUAUCAGCAAGAUUUCCAACUGACCGAGGAAUGUUUAAAAAUUGUAUAAGCGAUAAAUUAAAACGUGAAAUUCUGAAGUAUGGGCCUUGUAAGCCAGAAAUAGAUUUUCCUCUUAAUGACUCGAAAAGAAAAUUUUCAAAAAUAUAUUACUACGUGAAGUUAAAAAAUGGUACACUUAUUCCUAGACCGUGGCUUUGUUAUUCUGUAAUUUGGGAUAUGGUUUACUGUGAAACUUGCUGGAUUUUUUCUGAUAAAAAUAAUUGUAAUCUUAAAAAAGAACGGGUAGAAGGAAUAAAUGACUGGCAACAUCUCUCUCAGAAAAUAAAUAUUCAUGAAUUUUCACUGUCACAUUUGAAUGCUAUGAAAGUUAGAUCAACGUGGACAAAAAAUUUAACUAUCGACAAAGAAUUUGAAACACAAAUAUCAAAAGAAGCGAAAUUUUGGAGAGAUAUUUUGACGCGCAUAGUUAAAAUAAUAUUGACUUUAACUUCAGGAAAUACUGCUCUAAGAGGCAAUGAAGGAAAACAAUAUUCUGAAGGAAAUUUUCUUAGAACUGUAAAAUUAGUAGCUGAAUUUGAUCCUAUUUUAAAAUCAGUAUUUGACAAUGAAAAAAAAUUUAAAAUUAAAUAUUUGAGCCCUACUAUUCAAAACGAAUUGAUAGAAAUUCUAGCUUCAAAUGUAAGACAAAUUAUUUGCAACGAAAUAUCAACUUGCAGUUCUGGAUUUUCAAUAAUUAUGGAUUCUACACAGGACAUUACCAAAGUAGAUCAAGUUAGCAUCAUAAUUAGAUAUGUUAUAAUUGAUCAUGAAAAGCAUGUUUUGCAGAUUAAAGAAUCAUUCAUAGGAUUUUACAAAAUAGACCAACAUAGAGCACAAAAUUACGAAAACCUAAUUUAUAAAGUUCUUUCCGAUACCAAUUUAGAUAUAAAAAAAAUGCAAAGGGCAAGGGUAUGAUGGGGCCAGUGUCAUGAAGG